UAUCGAAAACUCAUUAGUCUCUUUCCUCGGCUCGAUGUGGUGGGCCUACCAAUUUUACUCCCGAGUGCACCAACACAAUUAAACUAAAGAAAAUGACCGACAAGAAGCAAUCAACCUCGGCUAGAGGCUUUAAACAUACAUUAGAGUCCAUUAUGUCUAAAUUCGGCCACAAGAAAAGAAAAGUUAUGGAAAUGUCGAUUGACCAACAUCUGGCUCCGGACUUGAAAGAUUCCCUGUUCGGCAAACUCACAGAAGACCUCAUGUUCUACAUUUUUCGUUGUCUUACACUGGAUGAAUUGAGUCAAAUGGCAAUCUCCUCAAAGGCCAUGGGGAAAGUCAUUUACAUCUACGUUUUGGGAGAGGAUUUCGCCCAAAGAGUCGCUCGCCUAUUGACUACCUCGAAUCAUCACAUUUUUCGUCACAGUUUCAACGUUGGUCAGCUAUUGAAACGCACCAGUUUCCUCUUCACCGUUGAUUCCAGACUCAAAUUCUUCUACCACCACAUUGAAACGGUCCAACAUUUGGUGGAAAAGAAAGAAUCUGCCAACUCAUUCGAUACACUCCCUUUCGUUGGCGCUGUGUUGCAAUCCUUCAUCGCCGGAUGGGACGAGGGAGAAUGUUUCAAGGUUUAUACAUUCCUGAGCGAUCGUCUGUUCCUGUAUCGUUCGAUUUCACGGUUCGUCUGCGAUCCACCGGGCACCGACCUCGACAAUGAGCUGUUUCUACGCCGAAAUUUACGUUUCCUUUUUCUGGAUCGAUCGGUGACUGAUUACGAUCGUGCCAUCUGGAUUGGUUUCAUUUCCAAUCAAAUUGGCACCGCACAAUUGGCGAACGUUCUCCUUCUCCUCUACGCUCCUAUCGAUGCACAAGGCAAAAUCGAUUGGCAUUUCGCUUUCCACGUCCGCGCUUUUGAGCAGCACACGUACGUUUUCGUCAAACUUGCGAAAACCAUCGGGAUCCUUCAAUUGAUUCCCAAUUGGUCACCUUACUUUUCACUGGAAGUCCUCGUCUGGAUCUCAAACGUGCCAAACUGUUGGUUGCUGCGCUCCUUCUCAUCCAUUUUGUUGCCUCUCAGCUGUAUCGACAUGAACUUGGUCGUCGAUUAUUUUGCUGUCCUCUACAAAAGUGAGCGGGCUUCAACAGCCUCACUCCUCAUGGCCCUGACUCUUAUGAUUUCGCCUCAUUUCGCUACCCACAACGCAGGAGCCAGAAAUGGAAUUGUCAUCGAUAAAACCUGCGUCCAUCAGCUGAUUUCCAAAAUCAUCAACAACCCGAAAUUGUCUACCGAACGUUACGUCGUCGUUUCCGAACUUUGGAAAGCAGUUCUUACUCUGGCCGAUGAUUUCGCCAAUGCCGUCGUUCAAGAUGAAAACGCAGGAGCGGAUCUCGAAGACGUCAACAACUCGGAAACCAUGGAUGAUUUCAACGAUGUGAUGGAUGCCUGGAAAGAUUUGACCGUUAUUCUCAUGUCCGACUGACAUUCUUUAUUUUCGUCCGUCCGCCUCUCUAGGCUAAGAUAUUUUGUCCGCUUGGACGCGAUUCUAUAGAUUGACAUGUUCGUUUAAAAAAAAAAUGUUUAUCAACCCGUAUAAGUUAACGUUUUUUAAGUUGUAAGAAAACAUCAAUAUAUACGUUCUCUCCAA